AUGGGUCUUGGUGAAGUCCUAGCCAUUGCGAUCGGCAUCGCACCCAUUCUGGCUGGUGGAACCUUCACGGGGAUUGCCACCACGUACGGCCCGCCCAAUGGCGAGAACCCCCAAGGCGGCAACUGCGCCCUCAUGAAGUGGCUGCCGGUAGCCCCUCAGUUUCACGUGGCCAUCAACGACAACCAGUACGACUAUGGCGUCCACUGCGGACGAUGUGUGUCCGUCACGUGCGUCGACGCGCGGUGUCCAACCAAGCGCUCCGUCAUGGGCCAAAUCACAGACCGGUGCCCCGAGUGCAGCCACGGCGACCUCGACAUGAGCCUGCCCAUGUUCCAGCAAGUGACGGGGUUCACCACGGACCGCCUCGCGAUCAGUUGGGACUUUGUCGACUGUCCCGUGGCCGGUGGCGUCCAAGUGUGCGCCAAGUCCGGCAGCAGCAUCCACUGGUUGUACGUCCAGCCAGACAACGCCGUGAACGGCGUCAAGAGCAUGCGGAUCAACGGCGGCGACGCGCCGAUCUUUGCGUCGGCGUACUACUUCAUGUCGACGGUGCUGGGGACGGUGGACUUGAGUCGGACACAGGUCGAGAUGACGUCGCACAGUGGGGAAACGAUACGAGCGACGGUGGCGUUGCCACCUGCUGAACCACCGACCCAGCCACCUGCUGAACCACCGACCCAGCCACCUACUCAACCACCGACCCAGCCACCUGCCGAACCACCUAUCCUACCACCGACACAGCCAGCUACAGAUAGGCCACCUGCUCUUCCCACGGAGCCGCCUGCCCCUCAGACUCCAAUUGUCUCUCCGUCUAGCCAAGUCCCGCUCCCAACUGACACGCCAUCAGUUGCGCCAACUUCUUCCGCCAGUCCCCUUCCAUCGACGCCCACACCAGACCCUGCAAGCACAAAGUCUCCACUUGCUACAGAGCCAGCAACAGUAAACCCCACCACUGCAUCGCUCGACGUACUGACGACCAAUGCGUCGCCAACAGCCAUCGAAUCAACCGCGGCGAUUCCAUCGCCUGAGGCAAUCGACCGCACCAUAGCCACAUCCAGGCCGUUGGAAAACGUGGUCGAUACCCCCCGACCGUCGCCGCCACCAGGGCUUACCCCCACCGUGCCCACCACGUCGGUCUCGGCCUUCACCACGGACAUCUCUGUGCAGCAAUCGCUGUCCAAAUCGGAUUCGUUCAGCAGCAUUCUCGUCAUCACGAUGGCGUGCAUUGGCGUGGGUGUAGGCAUGUACGUCGUAGUGGUGCGACGCGCCCGCCGAGGACUCGACGAGAGCAAAGUCAGCGACGUCAAUGCGUUAGCCCUGAGCGAAAUCCCCGUCCUCGAGACCCCCACCCAGCGCGCCAUCAGUGUCCUGUAA